UCCCACCCACCAUCCCACCCACAACCGCACAUUCCCACAAACAUUUGCUCAAUACAACUUCAAAGCUUCAAAAACUUCAAAACCCUCAACAACAUUCUGAUCGGCUGCUAUACACUUCAACCCUUCCUCAACAACACCCCAAUACCCGUCUUACACCUGUUCUAGAUCGUCGCUCCCGAGUGUCGAUCUUCCUCAAGUCUUCAAGACGUUUUCUAAUCUCCUUAACUCUAUCCACCACCCGUUUGCUGGAGGCCGCAAGAGUGCUCCUGGUAGUUCAUCGGAUUUACCGCACGUCAAAUAAAUAAUCCAAUACAACCAAGAACAACCAAGAACAACCAACUCAAACCUCCACAUAUUUUAGUAGCUUACACUACUCUUAACAUACUAAAAUAUGGCACCACACGCUGACAAUGGCACUGGUGUUGCAAGCGGGAACGGUGCUUCCCCCGUCAAGGACCUUUUCACGGUCAACAGCCCAAACGUCGAGUACACCGACGCGACUAUCAAGUCCAAGUACACCUACUGCACCACCUCUGUCUCUAAAGAUGAGGCUGGCAAGUACGUUGCUACCCCCAAGGAGACAGUCUACGACUUCAAGGUCGAGCGUGCCAUCCCCAAGACCGGUAUGAUGCUGGUCGGUCUCGGUGGUAACAACGGUUCCACCGUCACCGCUGGUAUCAUUGCCAACCGCCGCAACCUCACCUGGCCCACACGUGAGGGCAACCGUACUGCCAACUACUACGGUUCCGUCACCAUGGCCUCCACCAUGAAGCUGGGUACGGACGCGACGACCGCCAAAGAUGUCAACAUUCCCUUCCAUGACGUUCUCCCCAUGGUCCACCCCAACGACCUCGUCGUUGGCGGAUGGGAUAUCAGCUCCAUGAACCUGGCUGAUGCCAUGGACCGUGCUGCUGUCCUUGAGCCCACCCUCAAGGCCAUGGUCAGCAAGGAGAUGGCUGCCAUGACCCCACUCCCAUCCAUCUACUACCCGGAUUUCAUUGCCGCCAACCAGGAGGACCGUGCCGACAACCUCAUUGCCGGCUCCAAGGCUUGCAACGAGCACGUCGAGCAGAUCCGCAAGGACAUUGCCAACUUCAAGGCCGCCAACAACCUCGACAAGGUCAUUGUCAUGUGGACUGCCAACACUGAGCGCUUUGCUGAGCUCAUCCCUGGCAUCAACGACACUGCCGACAACCUGUUGAAGGCCAUCGCUGACGGACACGAGGAGGUUGCUCCUUCCACCGUCUUCGCUGUCGCCUGUAUCCUCGACAACGUGCCAUUCAUCAACGGCUCCCCUCAGAACACCUUCGUUCCGGGUGCCAUUGACCUUGCUGAGAGGCACGGCGCGUUCAUCGGCGGUGACGACUUCAAGUCCGGCCAGACCAAGAUGAAGUCCGCCCUCGUCGACUUCCUGAUCAGCGCCGGUAUCAAGCUCACCUCCAUCGCCUCGUACAACCACUUGGGUAACAACGACGGCAAAAACCUGAGCUCCCAGCGCCAGUUCCGCUCCAAGGAGAUCUCCAAGUCCAACGUCGUCGACGACAUGGUCGAGGCCAACCACAUCCUCUACAAGGAGGGCGAGCACCCCGACCACACCGUGGUGAUCAAGUACAUGCCCGCCGUCGGCGACAACAAGCGCGCCCUCGACGAGUACUACGCCGAGAUCUUCAUGGGCGGCCACCAGACCAUCUCCCUCUUCAACGUGUGCGAGGACUCUCUCCUUGCCUCCCCGCUCAUCAUCGAUCUCGUCCUCAUCGCCGAGCUCAUGACCCGCGUGUCCUGGAAGUCUGAGGGUGGCGAGUACAAGGGCUUCCACUCUGUUCUCAGCAUCCUGUCUUACAUGCUCAAGGCCCCGCUCGUGCCUAACGGAACUCCGGUCGUCAACGCCCUCGCUAAGCAGCGUGGUGCCUUGACCAACAUCUUCCGUGCCUGCGUUGGUCUCCAGCCCGAGUCCGACAUGACUCUUGAGCACAAGCUGUUCUAGAUGUCUUGUCUUUGAUAACACGAGGUUGGUGUGCACAGCACUUGAGAGGAGAUUUUUAAUUCUGGGACCCCCUCUUUCACCGCUUUUUGAUGGGUUGGAUGGGUGGGCUUGAAGUGGCUUGCUUGUCUUUUUUCGUCUUGGGUGGGGAGGGGGGGGAGUCGGUAUGGAGAUAUGUUAUAGCGAUGCCAUGAGCCUGUUGUUCAGCAGCGGGUCUGGUGGUAGUUGCAGCCGCUCGUUUGUAGGUCCCUUUAGUAGGGGCUGAAAAUUGAAGGUUGUGCGUUUGCAAAACAUUUUGGUUUUUGAUUAUUGUGUAAUGUGAUAUGAUGUGAAGUCUUUUGUAUGUCAUAGGUGUUGUAAUAUUGUGGACCUGAGCUGUUGUACUCAUGCCGCCAAAUGUCCGAAGAGGGAUUAUUUACAACAUUAGUGCUCAUAGUAACUGUAUUUCCGGCGUUCUCUCAUGCUAGCAACGAUGUUAAGAAACGCCUAGCCAUCACCCCCGCCACCCUCAAAAAUCGAACUAACAGCUUACUCGCAGGGUUAGCACAAUACUCAUGAUACUCCUGAGUUACUCGAGUUACUCAAAUACUCAUACUCAUGAGUAUUAGGUCACAUGAACAUCACGUGACUUUAAAUUUAAGGAGCUUUAUUAGUAUAACGUAACGUAUGGGGUAGUCGGACAUACGGGGUAGUCGGACAAAAAUGCCCGACUACCAACUCAGAACCUUCAUACCUUCCACCAUGAACAUCCCACAACCAUACAGUCGUGCUCAGAUUGAAGACAACAUCCAAAAGGCUGUCAUUGCGCUCCAAUUGAAGGAAUUCAAAUCAAUUAGACUUGCUGCAGACCACUUCGAAGUUCCUAAGUCAACUCUUGCUGAUAGGAUGUCUGGGAAGAAAACGCGUGCUGUAGCUCAUGAAAUUGAACAAGCUCUCUCAAAUGCAGAAGAAAAUACACUAGCACGAUUGUCAUACUGACAUUCGUUGCACUCAGUUUGCUAUCAAACUCAAGAGCAAACUUAGAAAUCUCCUCCUCAAACCUACAAG